AAUGAACACAAUAUCUUAAUUUAAACCAACCCUACUCAAACUUGAAACAAUAAUUUAUUAAUUAGAAAAGAGUUUAGGUGUUGAGCAUAAGCCAUCCCCAUUUGCUGAAUUUAUUCAACUUAAUACCAAAUAAGAAAAUGAUUCAAAUCCAAAGGUAGAAUAAUAAGCAUAACCUCAAUAAAUAAAAGAAUAAACAGAAUAAGUUUAAAAAAAGGAAUAAACAGGGAAUAAGACAGAAUAACCAUAAAAAAAGGAAUAAACAGAGAAAAAAGAGAAGCAACCAUAAUAAGACAAAAAAUAACCAGAAAAAUAACCUUAAUAAGGUAAAAAGGCAGCUGCCCCAGCACCUUAAGAUUUUGGACCAUUUACAGAUUUUGUAAGUGUAGAUAUAAGAGUUGGUGAAUUAAAAAAAGUUUGGAAGGUAUUUUUCAUAAUUAAAUAUUAGCAUGAAGAAUCAGAUAAAUUAUAUUGUGAAGAAAUUGAUAUUGGAGGAGAAGUGAGAUAAAUAGCUUCAGGAUUAUAAUAAUUUGUACCUAUUGAAGAGAUGACAGGUUAAGUUUUAGUAUUAGUUAAUCUCAAACCAAGAAAAUUAGCAGGUAUUAUACAUUUUAUAAACAUCAAUAGGAUUUAUGUCUAAUGGUAUGGUUUUAUGUGCAUCUGAUGCUUCUCACACAAAAGUAGAAUUGAUGAGACCAGCUCCAGGAAGUAAAGUUGGAGAGAGAGUUAAAAUCUAAGGACAUGAAAACAUUUUCAAGGAUGAAAGAGAAGAAGUAUUGAAUCCAAAGAAAGGAUAAUGGGAGAAGGUUGCCCCUCUUUUAAAGACAAAUGAAAAUCUUUAAGCAGUUUUUGAUGGUAUUUAUGAGGAUUAAAACUUUAGGUCAUCUUUUAAUUACAACUUAAGGUCCAAUCAUCAGCAAAACUUUAGCUAAUUCAAAUAUUUCUUGAG